GACGUCAAACGGGUACGCGAGGAAAAACACCAGGUUUCCACAAUAAUCUCUCCCAUUUUAAAGAAAAUAGCAGGCCCACAUUUUCCCUAAACAUGUGGGUGUCGUCGCCAGCGUCUGUCCGUACAUGCGGCUCAUGUCUCGCUCCAUAUUAAAGCACUGACGCGCGGAAAAGCGACGGAGAACCACUUUCGGGGUCGCAGGCUUCCUGCUUAAAGCCAUUGGCGCACUCAUACGGAAGUGAAGGCGUCUUGGCGAAUCGCAGGCUGGGGGCCCGGCUGGCGUCAGGACACCCCUGUUUAGGUCUUUUCUUACGGCGCAUCGGAGCGGAGGGCUAGCUGUCUGUGUUGUGUAUGGUUAUAGUUAUGAUAGAUGAGGGAUGUAGCGGCUUAAGGGACGCAGUGUCAUAGCAGCAUGCACGGCGUGCUUCACCUUUAGGCUUAUAGGUGCGGGUCAGGAGCCAUGAACACAGUCACGGUCCCCGCCAUGGACCGGGCGGGCGCCGUCCUGACCGGGAAGCGGCUGUUAUUCGCUUCGGCGCUUCUGAUGCGAAUUCUCAUGACUUUCUUUGGGAUGUAUCAGGAUGAAACUAUGGAGGUGAAAUACACAGACAUCGACUACCACGUAUUCACAGAUGCAUCCAGAUUCGUCACACAGGGCGCGUCGCCGUACAGGAGAUCCACUUACCGCUACACCCCCCUGCUGGCCUGGAUGCUGGCCCCUAACAUCUACCUGAGCGUGCACUUUGGGAAGCUGCUCUUCAUGGCAUGUGACCUCAUCUCUGGCUACCUGACGUACAGCAUCCUGCGCCGGCGGGGGAUGCCGUGUCAGCUGGCCUGUCGGUACUGCUCCCUGUGGUUGCUGAACCCCCUGCCCGCUGGCGUCUCCAGCCGGGGGAACGCGGAGGGCCUGCUGGCCGCCCUGGUGCUCGCCACGCUGGCCUGCCUGGAGGAUGGGCACCCGGCCCGAGCAGGCGCCUUCUACGGGCUCUCGGUGCACAUGAAGAUUUACCCGGUGACCUACGCCCUGCCCAUCGCCCUGUCACUCCGGGCCGCCCCGGGACGCGGCACCUCGGACACGGUACCACCCCACUGUGGAGGAAAGCUGGUGAAAGCCCUCCGGAGGUUCUUAAACAGGGACCUGCUUGUGUUUGCCGCUGUUUCCGGAUCGGUCUUCUGCGGAUUUACUUUACUGUUCUACCAGAUGUACGGCUGGGAAUUCCUGCAGGAAACUUACCUCUACCACCUGACCAGGAGGGACAUCCGGCAUAACUUCUCUGCCUACUUCUACAUGCUGUACCUGACCGCGGAGAGCUCCUGGAGCCUGGCGCUGGGCCUGGCCGCAUUCCUGCCCCAGCUAGCGCUGCUCCUGCUCACCUCACUGGCCUACCACUCUGACCUGGCCUUCUGCUGCUUCCUGAACACGGCCAUCUUUGUCUGCUUCAAUAAAGUGUGCACGUCCCAGUGCUUCCUGUGGUACCUGUGCCUCAUGCCGCUAGUCCUCCCUCGGCUCGCCAUGUCACUCAGGAGGGGACUGGCUCUCCUGGUGCUUUGGUUCGCUGGACAGGCGGUGUGGUUAGCCCCAGCAUACCUCUUGGAGUUUGAGGGACAGAAUACCUUUGUGCUCGUCUGGCUGGCCGGCCUGCUCUUCCUGCUCAUAAACACAUAUGUCCUGGUGGAGAUCAUUUGCCAUUAUAAGCCAGAGCAGAGGACUAAACUGGAUUAACGGGAGGACAGAGUGUAUCACUCAUACUCCCAACUUAAUCACAGCUGCUUCAGUGUCCAGAUAUGCUGACAACCCCAGUGCAAGUUUAUAUAAAUUAUUUUUUUGUUAAUCUUUGGCUAGAGUAUAACUGCAUUCCUAGAGCAAGCAGGCAGAAGAGCACUUAUUAAAAAUAAAAUAUUGGAAGUUUGUUGUAGUUCCUGAAUUUGUCUCAUAAUUCGUUUGUGAAUGAAUGUACCUGAGCAUACCUUUAAAAAUCACAAAUAUAUAUAUAAAAAAAAUGCA